AUGUGCUCUCCUUGGGGGGCCGACAUCACCGGCCUUUUGCACAAGGAGGAGGCAGAGAAGAUUGCGUCGCUCUACAAGGAAUGCAAGGCGAAGGUGGAUCAGUGGCCGACGCAUGUGAAGCUUUGCAAGGCCAUCGGUCGUGGGAAGCCCGAGGAGGUCAAGGAGAUGUUGAAGACUGCGGAUCCCAAUAUGGAUCACGUGGAUGGGGACUCCGCCACCGUGUCCCCCUUGGUGUUGGCCAUUCGGAAGAACUUCGAACGCAGAUGGUACGACAACUUCUUUCGAUUCAAUCUACCUCAUGCCUGGCAAGUCAUGGAGUCUAAAAGCAACCUGGAGGUGAUCAAGGUGUUGCUGGAGACGCCGGAGCUGGAUCCCAAUCGUGGCGCUUAUUCGUAUGGAUGGCACGGCUCCCAUGUUCGCUGCACCCCGUUGGGAAUGGCACUCAUCGAGGACCUGGACACUGGUUCCUGCUAUCAUACGGCCGAGUCAGACCGCAUGCUGGUGGCCCCUCGCCGAGACAUUCUAGAACUGCUGCUGAAGCAUCCAGAGAUUGAUUUGGAGAACGCUUACAUGCAGGCCUAUGAAGAGGGUGGCAACGAACGCUGUGGGGCGUUGGCCUUGUUGGACCGAGACUACAAGACCGGGAAGGACCACUUUGCCGCAAUGAUGCUGAUGCAAGCAGGUGCGCUGAUGACAAGGCAUUGGAAGGCAAAUUUGGACUCCAUGGACGAGACGGCGAAGGAUUUGCAGGAGGACGGACAGCCACAGCCACCGGCUACCACUGGCAUUUUGUAA